GUCACCUGCACUGCAUUGAUCGGAGUCCGAAAGCGGUGGGGUUUUGUUUAGAGUUUAGAGAUGGCGUCCAGGUUGUGGGCAGUAAAGGCUGUAAUUUCUUACCUUAGGCUUAGGAUCUCUCUCAACAACAGAGGUUUUGACACUGGUCUUAUUCAACAACGUUGGAACAAAGAUUUGUUAGCAAGUUACGGCCCAACGGUGACACUAUGCGUGGAGAGGCUUUCGUUAUACCAAGUCCAGCGUUCGUAACACCCCCAGCCCUGAUUUCUAUUAGGGUUUGAAAGGACGGAAACGCCCCCCUCCCCAAAUCUCAUCUUUGUAUAAGUAAAACUACUCUUCUGUCUUUGCUUUAAGUCAGCAGCUAGGGUUACUUUGGAGUUUGAGGCCAUUGAUGAUUCUCUGUGUAUACUGUGUUCAUCUUUGAUUCUAUUGUGUGUAUACCUAUUCCAGUAAAGGCGGCGCCGUUGAUCACCUCAUUUCAUAUCCAAGUUCAGCGAUGAGGGGAACAUCACUGCGUCAAAAGCAGCUGCCGCCACGCUUGGACGGGGUCGGCCCGAUAUCGGAAUCGGAAUUUUCAUUUACCAUAACCCGAGUGGCGGUGGCCCAGAUCUGCCAUUCUGUGGGCUUCUAUGGAGCCCAAAACUCGGCCCUUGAAGCCCUGACAGACAUCACCACAAGGUACUUGGAAGCAAUAGGCAAAUUGGGGGCAGCCUCCUCCAAUUCCGAUCGCCGCACUCAAUCAAACCUCCCAGACUUCAUCGUCGCACUGGAAGACUUGGCAUCUAUACAAGGUUUCCCGGGCUUGUCGGAUAUAAGAUCACAUUCCCUAUGGACUUCAGCUGUGAUUAAUGAUUUGAUGAAAUUGGUCAAGUACAGGGAUGAAAUCCCUUUUGCACAGCCGUUGCCGCCAAAGAGAAGUUUUGUUCAGGGUGCCAAGAGGAAAUUAUUGAAGCACACGGGCGAUAAUAAGAGAUUGUAUUGUAAUGGCGGCAGUUGGAGGCAUGUGCCAAGUUGGUUACCUCCGGUGCCAGUGGUGGAGGAGAAGGACAAGGAGCAGAAGGGGGAAGUAAAAUGGGAAUGUUGGGAGGAGAGGGAAGAGGAAAAAUGGGACUGUAGGAGGGAGACGGUGGAAAGGGAGUGCAAUAAUGAAAAUUUUCAAGUAUCUGGAAAGAGAGGGAAAGUAAGAUUCAGAAUGGGAGUGGGAUUAGAUAAUAAGGUUGUUAGGGUUAGGAAUUUGAGGGUGAAGGGUGUAACUGCAGGGAUUGGAAAAAGGGUUAACAAUUAGUUAAGAUUUAAUUUUAUUGUACGUAUAUCUUUUCCUCUUAAUGUGAUGAUUGUAAAUCUUUUAUAAA